AGAUUUCUUUCUGAUUUCUUUUGAAGCAGCCGUCUCCUUCCUUAUGAAGACUACGUCCCAGAUGUGGCUACAGCAGAGGCUUAAAGCCUUUCCCGGACUCCUGUCUAGCAGCUGGGCACGCCGAGUCCUCGCCGUCCUCGGGUUCCUGGUCAUUAUAUACUGGUAUUUCUCGUCCGGGUCGCUCUAUAGAUCCUUGUGGUAUUCCGGAGAGCCGAGAGGGGCGUCUGGGACCUGUUUACAGGCGCACACUAAGCAAUGGAGAACUUUGCAAGAGAGGGGGGACCUUAUGUUCGUUUCUUAUCCCGGAGAAGAAACCCAACUGCAAGGACCUGUCAUGGUUGGCAAUGGCUAUAUCCUUGUUGACAUUGGAAAGAACAAUCUCUGGGUGUCGUCUGGGUCUGUACCUUUUCGUCGGAGUGAUUAUUCUCCUAUGACGUUUGUCAAGAGUUCAGGGACGCUCACGGAAGUUCAAGGCUCCGCCGUGCUCCUGAAAGAGGGGUUGAUAAGAACGAUUCGAUGUCUUCAGUUUGAGGCGUCGGAUUCGGCCCGUGACUGUGUCACCAUCCGUGAAGAUCACUUCGCGCAUAGGAAAAGACCCCACGUGUACGUCCAGACCAUCCACAUCUUGAACCCCAGCGACAGGGUGACUGCAUUCGAUAUUUCUUACCAAAAACCAUCACUCAACGGAGUCAAGUUCUCAACCAGCGUGGAGAAGGUUCAGGAGAGACAGUUCCUCCUUUCUUCUGGAAGGGUGUCCAUGGAAGACGGGAAAAGUCUCCUGGUUGUGAUCGCCACCAAAAAGCUGGUAAGCAGAGCGCAAGUCAGCCCCAAAUCCGAAUUCGGCGAAACCGUCCUCUCCGUUAUUUACACAUCCGAGCCGAUCGACUCUGGAAAGUUGGACGACACGUUUAGUAAAUUACGGGAAUCUGCCAAGAAAGAAAUGCUGGAGGUGAUGCAGAUGAGGCCGGAUGAUUUGCUUCGCGAACAUCAAGAGAUCUGGUCGGACUUAUUUGUAUCAGGAAUUGAAAUGAAUAAGAUUAAGGAUUUGCACACGCCUUCCAGUGACACAAUUAAUAGCACUCUGUACUACAUGCUGUCCUGCUCUCCGGCGCCGCUGGUCGACCCCCUUCUCAGUAAAGAAGAAAGCGAUAAAAUGGAAGCCACUCUGAAUUACGCGGACCAUUGUUUCAGCGGCCAUGCCACCAUGCACGCAGAGAACCUGUGGCCAAGCAGGCUCGGCGGCAUCGCUCAGAUCAUUCAGCUCUGGGACUUGUGGAAGUUGACACUGCAAAAGCGAGGGUGCAAGAGCUUGGUGUUGGCUGGCGCGCAUGGGCUUGUGCAGAGUAUGAUGCUGAGUUUCGGGGGGCUGCAGUUCACCGAAAACCACCUGCAGUUCCAGAUGGAUCCGCACGUCCUUCACAACAGUUACUCGCUGCGCGGAAUACAUUAUAACAAAGACCUCAUCAACUUAGCCGUGCUGCUGGAUCAAGACGAGAAACCCUUUCUGCACGUUUCCGUGAAGUUCCUAGACAAGCCGGUGAAUAUUUAUGCCUGCGAGGGGGGAUGUCUGAAUGAGCCGGUGGAACUGACCUCCGAAAUCAGAGGACAUAUUUUCCCCGUUCUGGUUACCCACCCCAUAACUCCGCUGCUGUACAUCUCCACCGACCUGACGCAUCUGCAGGACUUGAGGCACACGCUUCAUCUGAAGGAGAUCUUGGCGCACGAGGAGCACAUGGCCAAGCAGUACCCGGGGCUGCCCUUCUUAUUCUGGUUUAGCGUGGCCUCUUUGAUACUACUUUUCCACCUGUUCUUGUUCAAACUUAUCUACAAUGAGUACUGCGGGCCAGGGGCCAAGUCGCUUUUCAGGAGUAAGGUAUAACACAGCAGUAACUCCGGCUUGUCGUUGGGUUGUUACCAGAGCGAAUCUGAUUGGCUACGCCUUGAUUGCAGGCUAGCUCCAAAGCCUUGGGGGGUCUUGCUUGGUGUGCGAGUGCGGUGAUGGUUUAUUUUUUAAGUUUCCACAGCAUACAAGUUUGAGAAUGUUCUACGUGGACAGUAACUCGGGAUAAAAAGGGUCUCACAUGCCCUGUUUGUUUAGAUUUUUAAAAACAUGUAAAAUACACCUGGAAACCUAGUUAAUGAUUCGAGGAAUGACAGUAAGCUCUUCUACACGAGAUCUCGAUGCUGCAAAGUAUUUCUUCGACUUGUGUUCUAAUUAAAGUUGUUGUUCAGGCGUAUGUUGGGGAAUUACUUGCGGUUACGAACACGCACGCGUCGUCGUAAGAAGGUCUGCGGAUUCUUUCUAAAACUCCGUGAGAAUUUUCUAGUGUGUCCCACCCACGCUUUAUAACCCACAGGUCCAGCCGAAGACCCCUCGAUGGUAUUGUUUAACUUUUAAGAGCUGGCAGAAGGUCUUCCAGAGCACAGUGGCAGCUGUAGCACCAUCAAGUCUUCUUAAAUGUUUCGAGGUUAAUGACCCGUUAAAGGAUUAGUAGAGGAUAUUUUUAAAAUGUGAAUUUCAUGAACCUCUACCGCUGUAGGGAGAAUAUCACAAAUAA